AUGUCCGUACGCCAAAGUCGUAACGGUGAUGUAACAGUUGACGCAAGACCUCGCGUGAUUCAAUGCAGCCCGUCUACAACCGCUGUGUUCGUGCGUAGUUCAUACAUCGACAUGGGUGUGCAGGAAAGCGAAAAAGCCUAUGUGAAAAGAGGACUGAAGCGGGUACACGUCUCUCGAUCUGGCAUGGUGGUCUCCGACGGGAAUUGCAUCACCUCGAUGGACCAUUUUGGACGAAUUGUGAGCAGUACCUAA